GCCAUUGGCCCGUGAACGUCGUCGCUGCUUGCUCUCUUCGCUAUUCCCGACGCUCUCCUCUCUUUCUCAUCCAUCUAAUCCGUUGAAUUGACUUCAAUAUGAACGCAACUCGUACUGUUGGCCUCAGUGCUGCCCUCAGGCGCAGCGCAUUUACCCCUCAGCUCGCUAGGAAUCUGCGUAUGUCCAUUCCCAAGCGGACCAUCAAGACACAAUCACUCCCACCCUCAGCCUCUGAAGAGAUCCUUAACACCCAACGUCUCAACCGCCCUUCAAGCCCUCACUUCACCAUCUACCAACCACAACUGACAUGGAUUGGUUCCAUCUUUAACCGUGCCACCGGUGCCGCACUCUCCGUUCUCCUCUACGGCUUCUCCAUCGCCUACCUCGUCGCUCCCGACACAUUCAGCUCGAAGAAUGUCGUCGAUACCGUCAAGAAGCUCCCCGAGUCCGUGAAAUACGCCGCGAAGGGCAUCCUCGCUCUUCCGUUCGCUUUCCACUCGUUCAACGGACUGAGGCAUUUGGCCUGGGAUAGCGGCAGAUUCCUCACCCUCAAGGGAGCCUACUCCUCCGGUUACGCCGUCCUCGGCGCCACGGCCAUCGGAACCAUCGGUCUCGUGCUCCUCUAAUCCAUCCGCCUUCCCGUCAUCGCCCCUUACCGCCUCACCCGUCUCUUUCUUCUCUCAUUUCUCUUCGUUGUCUGUAUGUGAAUCAUACUCCUGACCCUAGGGGAAUAAACAAGCUUUCG